AUGGAUGCUACUUCUUCGCCACCAUCACUCGGACAAAAUAAAUCUGGAAUCGUACAAGUACAAACCAUUAGUGAAACGAACGAAGAUGAAGAAAAACGACGAAAACAAUUAAAAUACCGUGCUAUGUUCGACUAUUCUUUAUCUACAUCAUCUUGUCCAUUAGAGUCGAAUUGGUCCUCGAAUGAACAACUAAAUAAAAGGAAAAAACUUAUAAAACAUCCAAUGUACAUCGAUUUGAACAGUAGUCAGCCUAUGACUUAUAAUUAUAUUCAUUUUACGAACCAAGCUUCAUUUUUAUCGAUGCCUUCAAUGAAACGUGCUCGUCUCAAUGUAGACGUGCCUGCAAACUGUUCAACAAUGUUUCGAAAUGUAAUCGAAUCGUUAUUUAUUACUUAUGCUGAAACAUCGCUCAAUACAAUCGGCAACGUUCUAAAUGAAGAACAACAACGAAAUCGUUAUUAUCCAUUAGAUAAUCCUUGGCUAAUUCGGGGCAAUGAGUGGUAUCAAGAAUUGGUGCGUCGACCACAGCCCAAAAUCAAUCAUAUUUAA